AGUGUGUCUGACCUGCGCAUGCGCAAAACGUAUCGGCCAUAUUAGCAUUGUCAGGAAUAUUUAAUCGUUUUCGUCUUCUGCCUAUAGAUAUUAAGAUAUUGCGCGAUCAGAUAUUUAUCGCCAUAAAACAAGCAACUGACAAGACCACGGAAAAAGGUUAGUUAAAGAUUUUUUGUUUAUCAUCCAAGUAUAAGACUCAAUUCGCUUGAAAACGGCGGCGCUUUCACGGACGCCAUUACUGGGCAGGUGGCAGUAACGUUUUAGAAGAUGGCGCUUUCUACAAUUUGGGUGCAUUCAGUGACAUCUAGUCAUGCCAAAAUCUUUUAGAAAUUGACUCCAGGACAGGGGAAGGGUUCAAUGUUAGAUACUUUCCAGAACUUGUCCAGUUUUAUUGUUCAACUUAACAUCGGCAAAAAUCCAAAAUGGCGCCACUGAUAUAUUUAGAACUACACUAUUUUUGCGUGUAACAGUUACGUGACGGUGGAUAAUGCCCAUGGCUUUAUAAUUUAUCAUUCACCAAUGAAUAUGCUUUAAAUUUAUGUGAUUUUGAACUGUAUUUACCCAGCGUAAAAUGCUAAUUGGAAGCGUUCAGUAAAAUUGGAAAAUAAACAAAUCGGUAUCUUUUUCGGCUAUAAAAUUUCUUUUUGUCAAAAAUAGUCUUUUUUUCAAAUUUUCUUUAAAUAUUUUUCUAUAGUAUAAAAGUGAAUUAUAUCCGCAAAUUAAAAUGCACUUUAUGUUAAAAGCUAUUUUUAUAGGCGAAAUAUAUCUCAAAAUGAACAUUUUAUAAUUUCUUAGACUAACGAUUAAAAUGGAUGCUACUGGAACUACACAAGUCGAAAGCAGUGAUCCUGCUCUAAAUGACAUUCAAAGUUACCUGGAUAACUUUAAUAAGGAAAUUUCUAAUGGUGGUAGCCAACAACAACCUGUUCAAGUCUUAACCGAAGGCACUGCAUACUAUACCGUCAAAUCAGAGGGAGAAAAAGCAGGUCAAAGAGAAGCAUCUGCAACAGGAGACUCUGUUGUGCUGACCAAUGUGGCUUCAACAUCUGGUGAAGAAGGCAAGGAAGGAGCUAUUCAGGUUGCAGCCGCUGACGGUCAAAAUAAUGAUGCCGUUGUUUUGAGUGCUAAUCAGUAUCAAACUGUAACUAUCGUUCCCUCGGAUGUUGAUCAGUCAGGAGAAAUGUCAUACGUUCUCAUAGUAUCACAGCCAGAAAAACAAGAUGAAGAGGAAAAGCAAAUUACCGAUGCUGAUAUGUCUGUUUAUGACUUUAAAGAAGAUCGUAGUGGUAUGAAUAGAGGAAUGAGAAUGCAGCCACGAAAGCCUAUUACUGGCCUUCCUUCUCAAUUGAUGUGUUCCUACUGCAACUACACGAGUCCAAAACGCUAUCUCCUCACUAGGCACAUGAAAACUCACUCCGAGGAGCGACCGCAUAAAUGUUCUAUUUGCGACCGUGGAUUUAAGACAGUUGCAUCUUUACAGAACCAUAUCAAUACGCAUACUGGAACAAAGCCACAUAAAUGUAAAGAGUGCGACUCUGCUUUCACAACCUCUGGUGAAUUGGUCCGACAUGUUCGUUAUAGGCACACUUACGAGAAACCGCACAGAUGCACCGAGUGUGACUAUUCUAGCGUAGAAUUGUCGAAACUGAAGAGACACAUGAGAUCACAUACAGGAGAAAGACCCUAUGCCUGCCCUCAUUGUGCAUAUGCCUCUCCUGAUACUUAUAAGUUAAAGAGACAUUUACGAGUUCAUACUGGUGAAAAACCUUACAUUUGCGACGUUUGCGACGCAAGAUUUACACAGAGCAAUUCAUUGAAAGCUCAUAUGCUAAUUCACAGUGGAAAUAAGCCAGUUUAUCAGUGCGAAUUAUGUCCCACUACUUGUGGGCGUAAAACUGACCUGAAAAUCCAUAUUCAGAAACUGCAUACAUCGGAUAAACCGAUUCCCUGUAGAAAAUGUGGUAAAAGUUUCCCUGAUAGAUACACCUAUAAGAUUCAUUUAAAGACUCACGAAGGCGAAAAGUGUUUCCGAUGUGACUUCUGUCCUUAUGCUGCACUAAACCAAAGGCAUUUGGAAAGUCAUAUUUUAACCCAUACUGGUGAGAAGCCAUUCCAGUGUGAUGAGUGUGAACAAACAUUUAGACAAAAACAACUGUUGAGACGACACAAGAACCUGUAUCACUCUCCCGAAUACAUUCCGCCAAAUCCUAGAGAAAAGGCGUUCGAAUGUUCGGCUAGUGGGUGCGACAAGAGCUUCGCUCACCGAGGCAAUCUAAUUCGCCACAUGCAACAACACGAAGAAGGUGAAAUUGAUGGCGAAACAAUGAUGGUAAAAGCUGAAGGUGACUUAAUGUUAGGUGAACAAGGCGAAAAUCUUGUAGGAGAAAUGGUUGACGAGGAAGGAAACACUGUACAACAAGUUGUCCUCAUUCAACAACCAGACGGACAAGUUCAAGUUGUUCGUAAAGGAGAUUCUCAACCUUUGAUAGUAACAAAUGUAGCUGACCCCAGCGCUGGUGUAGAGGAAGCGUUGGCAACAGGCGAACAAAGCAGCAGAGCUGACAAGGAAAAACUGUCCAUGGAUGGAGACGAAUCAAUUAAUGAUGAUGACGAUAACGAAAUGAGAGGUCUAAAAGCUUCCCCCUCAACACCAGGCGAAGUCAGCCGAAGGGGGCGCGGACGACCACCGAAGAGACCGAAAAUGGAUGAUGAGGAUUACGAUCCAUCCGAUGACGCAGAAUACACUCCCAGAGGAGGCAGAGGAAGACCUCGAAAGGAGGUGUCAGUUGUCGAUGAACCAGUUGCCAAAAGACAAACGCGAGAAUCUGUAAGAACACGUGUUACAAGUAAAGGAGAAUCUGAUGUAGACGAGAAGAAGGAGCAAAAGAAAAAAGACAUAGAAGAAUGCUUCGGUUUCGACUCUUAA